CCACCAUAUGUGACUUCGAUCUCUCAUACACACACACACGCACACACGAUAUUCUUUCUCCAAAUACGUACACAUAACGAUCGGCCAAGCUGUUUGAUCGAUCGCACACGGCGAGGCAGGAGCUCCAUGGGUUCUCUGAUGGCUGGCUGGAGUUCACAGGUGCUCGCCGACGACGACAAAGUUCGUUUCAUGAGGAACCGGUCGCUGACCAAGGAGGACGUGGACGCCUUCUGGAGGCAGCAAAAGAAGCCGGACGCCGAGAUCGUCGUCGUCAGCUCGCCGCCGCUGAUUGCCUCCCCUCCCCGUGUGGAGAGACCGAUGCCCAUGCGUGUGUCGACUCUUCCUCACGCCCUUUCAUCGCCGCCGGCGAUGACUAGUGUCGUCCACGGCAACGGCGAUGCCGUCGCAAGCCCCAACAAGAGCCGCAACUGGUGGACGAGGAGUAGCUCGGCGUUCCUCAAUGAGUCACCAUCGCAGCAUGCAGAAAGAAUUUGUCCAGAGUGACCAAAGGUUAACGUAGUGGGCUAGAGACGGGAGGUGACUCCUGCAAAACCAUCCGUCCAUGCAUGCACAGCUCUGAGCCGCUGACGAUCGACAAGCUUUUCCAUGGCGAGUUUUUUUUAGCGAAAUGGCGAGCUGUACGUAGCAGCUUGCGAGCGUGUCCAAAAUCAACUUGCUGACAUGGACCCAAGAAUUCUUCGGCCCGCAACCGCUUAGGGUCCCUGAAUUUUUUGACCCGCAACCGUCCGUCGAAAAAAUUUAGUACCACCUCGGAAGUCGACAACCAAUCAUGACAGCAUAAAUAGUCUUGUACCAUACACCGUUGAACUUCUAUUACAACUCAGCCUCUCUGUGCCUGAUUGA